GUUUUAAAGCUUAAUUGGUUAAUUCUUACAUUUUUAGGAGGGGGGCAUUCAUUUUAUUUACAUACGGGCCCAAAUUAGUGUAGUUGUGGCACUGGUCAUAUUAUUUUGUUAUGUAAAUUUAAUUUUAUAAAAACCGCGUUUAAGCAUGUUGCCAACCAUUAAAAAAAUCGAGGGAUAGGAGUUAAUCAGGUGGUCUAUGGUUACUGGUUACACUGAAGUCACUGGCCUUGUGAUAAAAAUAAUUUGACGAAAUCAAUUUUCUCUUUUGUUCCCUCUAAUAAACGUCGUUCUUACUUUCUGAGUUACUAUUUAGUAGUUACUGCUUAUUUGUCCACUAUUGAAGUUAAGUUUUAUGAUUAUUUACUAUAAUAAUUAUUAAUGGAUCAAAUCAAAAAUAAUGUGGACUUCGUUUAAACCAGAAUGUUUAAGAUAUCUUAUACGUUCAUCACAGUACGCGACAUGUCGUCGAACAAAAUCCUAUGUGAUAAUCGAUUGUGAUAAAUAAUAUCAAAGUUAGUUUAUUAAAUUAAUUACAAAUUACAUUAUUUUAUGGUUAUUUAUUACUAUAAUUAUGUUUAUCAAAUUUGUGUAAAAGUUAUUAAAGCGUUUAAAAAAUUAAUUUAAAUUUAAUUACUAUGAAGUAUUAUUCACUUUAUUUUAGUUUCUUUACCUAUAAUUUAACUUUGCAUACACUAGUUUGUACCACAAGUGUGUAUUGAAAGUUUUGCCGUUUAGCGGUGUGACCAUGAACGUUCUUGGCUCUAGAACAGCAGCAACAGUCAAUCGUGUACCGGAUAUGGGACAACCAACCAAGCCAUUGACUAAUGGCACACCAGUACCAAAAUCUAUGUUCGAACAUGUCAAAAUUGAACAUAUGGUUGCUGGGUUUUCUGGUGGCGUUGCUUCAACACUCAUACUUCAUCCCCUAGAUUUAUUGAAAAUUCGAUUUGCUGGUAAUUAUUGUAGUGUUUUACAUUAAUUCUAGAUUGAUUUUAAUUUUUAAUAUUUUUCCUAGUCAACGAUGGCAGAAAUGCUAUACCAAGUUAUGCUGGGCUGGGAAAUGCAGUCACUACAAUAUUUCGGCAAGAAGGAAUCAAAGGACUUUAUAAAGGAGUUACACCAAAUGUUUGGGGGUCAGGAAGCGCAUGGGGUUUUUAUUUCCUAUUGUAAGGACUCUUAGUUGUAUUAAUAGGUACAUAAAAUAAAGUAUAUUUAAAAAUAUUGUUUUAUAUUUUCAGUUAUAAUUCAAUUAAAGCUUGGAUUCAAGGUGGUAACACUAAAAAACCUUUAGGUCCAGCAUUACAUAUGACUGCUGCAGCAGAAGCCGGCAUUCUCACAUUAAUCAUGACUAAUCCUGUAUGGGUAGUCAAGACUCGUCUGUGUUUGCAGUUCGAUAAACCUAGUGACCCAAGCAAGUCGUACAGUGGCAUGUGGGAUGCGUUCCGCAAGAUCUAUGGUGCUGAAGGUGUACGAGGCCUGUAUAAGGUAUUCUUACGAUACCUGACAGUUCGAUGAUACAUAAAUUAAAUGAAAACUAUUCAUUGCGUGGGCUAGAUUUUUAUGAUUUUUUUUUUUAUAAAUUCAAUAUAUCUGAAUUGUGAUACACAAAAUAUUUAAGUUUAGAAAAAUACAAAAACCAAAAAUAAGUAGGCAUGGUAGAUAUAAUAAUAUUUUAAUACAAUAUUUCUCAGAGUAAUAAUAAUAAAAAAUUGAAAUUAUUUUGGGCAUUUACUUUAAUAAUUUUAUAAAUUUGAAACAGAAUUGUAUACCGAGAUUAGUUACUAUUUGAAUUUGUGAAUGUAUUUUCUAAUCAAAAUCUAAAAGUAAAUUAAAUUUAUUACUUAAUUCACACGUUUGGAUAGAUGUCGGUUUUAUUAUUUGUGUAUUCUCUAAAGUAGUAAACGACAGAUGAGUAUACUAGAUGCCCUUUCUCAAAAAAGUAGUUGGUCAUGUACAUUAUUGUAGGGAUUUGUUCCGGGUAUGUUUGGCGUAUCUCAUGGUGCCCUGCAGUUCAUGACUUACGAGGAGAUGAAGACUUUUUAUAAUGAAUACAGAAAACUACCAAUCGAUGCUAAACUGGUAAUAAAAAUUUGUAUAAUCAUUUAUAUUUUAUAUUAAUUACAUUGAAUUUUACAGGAAACAUCUGAAUACAUUGUAUUUGCAGCUUUCUCAAAAUUAAUUGCUGCUGGUUUGACAUAUCCAUAUCAAGUAAUUCGUGCUAGACUGCAAGAUCAACAUCGUGAAUACAGAGGCACUUGGCAUUGUGUAACACAAACAUGGAGGUACGAAGGUGCUGGUGGAUUCUAUAAAGGAUUAUCGCCAUAUUUAUUACACGUGCUUCCAAAUAUUUGUCUUGUGCUGUUGAUAUAUGAGAAAUUUACAAAUAACUAAUUUUUUUGUUACUUCAAUAUCAGUUUGAACAUUAAAAAAAAAAAACAAUCAAUCCUGUGUUAGAAUUUGAUUUCAAGUAUUUUUACUUUCUUUAUAAUUAGUAUUUAUAUUUAGUUUUUCUGUUUAUUUUCUUUAUGUUAAAAUUAAAAUCAUUUAUUCCCCAUAUUAUAUAGAUAUAUAUGUAUAUGUAUAUUAUUUAUACAUAUAUAUGUAUAUAAUGCAUUAUUUGUGUAAUGAGUAUAGUUAUAUAUCUUUUUAAUUACAAAAGUUAAUGACGACUGAAUAAGUUAUAUGUUUACAGUACUAUAUUAAUUUGGUUAUUUUUUAUUUGAUUUUAUUGCUUUUGAAAGAUAUUUGCCCCUUUCCUCCAGCAUAAAAUAUUUUUCUUGUAGACAAUAUUAUACUAUGACAAUACUUCUCUUAGUUGUAUGUGUAUUAGUAUAAAUAAUGUAAUAUAUGUUAUAUUUCUUUGUUUUUCAAUAUUUUUGUUUUUUAAAGAUUAAUCCCCUUCAUUUAAAAUUAUUUGACUAAAAAAAUGUUUAUCUUUUUAAAGUUAUGAAAUUGUACGCGAUAAAAUGUCAUUUAAAUUACAUAUCGUAUGACAAAUUAUUAUUAGUAUAAUUUCUGAAAAUUAGUUAUUCAAAUUUUUCCUGUCAUCGCGAUACACUGAUAAUUGCAGUUAAAAUAAACUAAGAUUUUAAUAUUUUAACAUUCCUAUUGAUAUGGUUUACUUUAAAGAAAUAUUUUGUUAAAAUAUAUUCUUGUAUAUCAUGUUCAUUGUUACAAUAAAUAUAAAAUGUAAAUAUAAAUCGCGUGAUUAAUAAGUUUGUAGUUCGUUUUAACAUGUCAUUUAACAGUGUGUUGCGGUGCUGCCAGUAGCAUAACAAAAACAUUGGUAAGCUAUUUUUAGUUAUGAAUAAACUGUAUUGAUUUCAUUAAUUUUUGUUUAUUUUAGGUAUGAACAUAUGAGAGGAUUUUAUAAAGGCAUGGGACCCAAUCUGUUGAAAGUGAUUCCAGCUACUGUUAUUACAUUUUUGAUCUAUGAAAACGUAUCAUCAUAUUUAAUUAAUUUAAAGAGUGUGCUUUAGACUCCAAUUUUCAAAAUUAUUAAUUAGUUUUUCUAUGGGAUUUAUGAUAUGCAUCCAUAUUAUAAGUAAUGCCAAACAGAAAAAAUAGAAGUGUUCAGUACCAAGUACUUAAUAAUGUUAAUGUUUACUAUUAUUAUUUAUUGUCUGUCAGUAAAUGUAAUUCCGAGUAAUACUGCAGUUUCUUACCAGAAUGACAAUUAUUUAUUUUACCUUUAUUCUAAUAAAAAUCCUUGAUUAUUAAAUAUAAUGUAGAAUGCAGAUGAAAAUUAACAAAUAUAUUUGGGCUACAUAUAUUUAUGAAGAUCUGAAAUCUGAACUAAUUUUUUUUGUUUGAUAUUUUAGGUUUUUAUUUUUGUAAUAAUUUAUUAUUAGUCUUGAACUAUAAGUACUCUAGUUUCAUUUUAUAUAUUUUUUUUAGAAAAUUCAAGAUAGCCAUUUUAUAAAUAUAUAUUUUGAUUUUAGUUACAAAUAUUUACUAUUGAUGACUAGUUUAUUUUCUACAUAUUUU